AUGUAUGCAGAGGAGCUCACUCUGACUCUCCAAGCCUUGGCUCGCUACGGCCUGGGGAACCCAACAGUCGUUGCUCAGCUCAUCCGUGCGGUGCAGAGCGAAAUCAAGGAGUUCAGGCUCCGGUACCUUUGUGCCACUGCUGGCGCACUUGGGACCAUGCAAGCCUGCCCGGAGAGGCUACUGACGGUGCUCGAUUCGCGUGCGCGCUUCGAGGUGGAUACCAUCAACGUGCAGGAGCUUUUGGACAACGUCCAGGCUUUCCCACAGCUGGAGUACUCCUGGCAGCCCUAUGAGGAGCUCUGCCUGGCAGAGUUUCUCCAUCGAGUCGCCCAGUUCCGUACUGCGGAGGAAGUCGACCAGCUGGUGGACCCCUUUCACGCACUCUUUUUUCUUCAAGCUCGCGGCCACCUUCAUGCAGACUACCUGCGGGCCCUGACUCAGUGGUGCCUGCGAGGUGUUCAUCGUCCCAACGUCAGAUCCGAGCGGCGGCCCACGACUGCACAGCUCGUAACCCUUUACGACUACUGUCGGGAACACGGGCUGGAGGAUGAGCCGGCGCUGAACGAUGCGAUUGCCUACUUUGUGGAAUCUGGUGGUGGCAAGUGGCAUGCAUUGUAUGCUCGCCCUCUAGCCUACAAAAGGAAGCGUCACUACUUCCGCACGGAGGAUCCUCUGGAGGGCGUGGCUUUGCCACAGCUUCCAGGCUCCCGAGCUUCGGCGAAGCCGAAGAUGUUGGAGGAAGGCCUUCCUGGCCUCCCGGCCUUGCCAUCAUUGCCCUCCUCGGAAGAGGAGGUGGAGGAGAACGAGGAAGCGGAGGAGCUGGACACGGUGCAUAAGAAGCCUUCUGAAAGUUCUCCGCUGCUUAAGGAGGGGGAGUCCAUCGUGCGAGUCCGCAAAAGCUCUCGGCGAAAAGUGGCACGUCCCCGCAUAUCCUGGGAUCCUCUACGACCGCGUUUCCGAGACAAAGAGCUGCCUCAACCUUUAUGGUACUACGGUGGCUGGGGCAUGCGUCCAAAGUAUCAACCAGGCCGCAGCCUGGGGCGACGCUACCCUUACGCUGGUGUUCCGAUCGGACCACGGGGAGGUGCUUGGCACAAGCGAAGGUGA